AUGGAUAAAUUUAUGAACGAUGCAUUAGAAAAUGGUCGUAUGGCAAACGAGCAAAAAGAAGUGCCCGUCGGAUGUGUGUUUGUGUAUCGUAAUGAAAUUAUUGCAUACGGUGCAAAUUUAGUGAACAAAACAAAGAAUGCCACACGUCAUGCCGAAUUCAUUUGCAUCGAUCAAGUAUUUGAUUAUUGUAAGCAAAAUCAAUUAGCAUACUCCGAUGUGUUUCAGGAAAUUUCGGUCAUAGUCACCGUUGAGCCAUGUAUCAUGUGUGCGGCGGCCUUAAAUCAACUAAAAGUGAAAGAGAUCAUUUUCGGAUGUGUAAAUGAUCGAUUCGGUGGCACAACUGUACUCAAUGUAUUCGAGUUGCUCCAGUCAAAUGUCACAUUACACGGUGAUGUACGUGCCGAUGAAGCAAUGGAAUUGCUUAAGGAAUUUUACAAAGGUGAAAAUCCAUCCGCACCCAUUUCGAAAAAAAGAAAAUCCUAAACAAAUCCAAUGUCUGUCUAGAGAUAGAAAACGAUAAUUAGAUUGAAAAUGUAAAUGUUUUAGGAUAAAAACAAAUUCAUCUAAAAUAAAAGAGCAUGAUUUUCUAUAAAAUCUAAAAA